AUGGCAGCGAAAAAUUUGGCUAAGGAAGUGGUAGCCGUUCGAGAUGAGGUCAAGCAGAAACUUGAGCAAACAAAUGCUAAGUACAAAGCUGCUGCGGAUAGGCAUCGACGUGUUAAAGUGUUUCAAGAAGGCGAUUCUGUGAUGAUAUUUCUGAGGAAGGAGAGGUUUCCAGUUGGCACUUACAGCAAGCUUAAACCGAAGAAAUAUGGUCCUUACAAAGUGCUCAAACGGAUCAAUGAUAAUGCCUAUGUUAUUGAGUUACCGGAUUCCAUGGGAAUUUCCAAUAUUUUUAAUGUUACAGAUUUAUAUGAGUUCCGUGAAGAUGAGGUUCUUUAUCCCGAACAUAACUCGGGGACGAGUUCUUCGGAGGUGGAGAGGACUGAUGUAGAACAGAUUGAAGAUUUUAUCGCGGUUGAGCAAGAAAAGGGACGUGGUGGGAAUUUGCAGAAUUGUCAUCCGAGCUCCGAUUAG